ACCACACCGACGAGACCAUUUUAUACUAUGAGUUUUAUACUAUUUUCAGAGCAUAUACCAUUAAACUGAAAUGAGAAUUGUACAUAUUUUGUUGGUUGCUCUUGUUGCAAAAUCCUUCUAUUCUAUUGUUCUUCAUAUAGAAACACCACGUAGUGUUGUGUUUGAUGAAGUUCACUACGGUAGAAUAUGUAAAUUUUACCACCAAGGCCAAUUUCAUCUUGAUUCUGAACCACCUGGUGCAAAAAUAUUGAUGCAACUAAUUUUACCGAAACAUUCUGAUCAAAAUAUUUGGAGUAAAGUCGGAAAAGACUUUCCAGAUGAUUAUCCAGCAUGGAUAGCUCGUCUUCCAGCUGCUAUAUGUGGUGUUCUACUUCCAAUCAUCGUCUUCAGUAUUAUUUUAUCACUGAAGUUUUCUGCAUUUGCUGCACUUAUUUCAUCCUUUCUUGUUGUUUUUGAUAACGCACUUAUUGUCCAGAGCAAACUGUUUCUUCCCGAUUCAAUCAUACUAUGUUUUCAAUAUUUUGCAAUAUGUUUAUCACUUUCAAUGACCAAAGAAAACGGAAUAGUAACUGGAAUAAUUCUUGGUAUUUCUCUGAGUUUGAGUACUUCAAGUUAUGUAACAUGGAUUGUUAUACUAUAUAUAGUUGCAGAAAAAUUGUGGAAGAUUAUUACGAACGGAAACAUUUCAUUGAAAUCUGUUGUUUUCUCGUCUGUGACAUAUUUCUCUUAUGUUGUACUGACUCCUAUACUAGUCUACAUUCUGAUAUUUUACCUUCAUUUCGCAUUGCUGCCUCUACCUGGUCCCCAUCAACAACAGUUAUCUCCUGCAUUUCAAGCAUCCUUCUCAAAUAGUCCUGAUUUCAAGAGCAGGACUGUUGUUUAUGGCAGCUAUGUCACAUUAAGAUCAGUGUCUAAAAAAUGCUACUUAACUUCAUCCAAUAAAAGAUAUCCAGUGCAAUAUGAAGAUGGAAGAUAUAGCUCUCAACUACAGAUGGUGAGCUGCACUCCAGAAAAAGAGGCUCGUAACUGGUGGUUGGUGUCACCGCCUUAUGAAUCUGCUUCAAAAAACAAGAAAUUGCAUAAUGAUGAUCAAUUACAUCUGAUUCAUUCCAGAACGAACAAUGAACUUCAAGCAAAUGAGGCUGCUGGACCUUUAUCAAUUUAUAAACAUGAGGUUUCUUGUUACUCUGAAGAUUCUGACCUUCCAUAUGAACCUUUAUGGACAAUUAAACUGAAGACAUCAAAAUACAAUGACAAGUGGAAAACUUUAUAUCACAAGAUUCAAUUUAUCCACAAUGCAUCAGAAACAAUGUUGCGUGUUACAGACAUGACAUAUUCGCAAUCAGGACACUAUGAAGUUGUGUCCGAUGUUCAGAAAAGCAACUGGGCUUAUGGUGAUACAGAAUGGAUAGCGGAGGAAUUAUUCCAUGAUGAUUUUACCGAUGAAGAAAGAGAUGAUGACAAUAUGGAGAUAGGCUUUUGGGAUAAAUUCUUUGAAACACAUAUGCUGAUGUAUGAAUUAUCUCGAUCAACAACAACUGAUCACAUACAUGCUUCAUCACCGUUCACCUGGCCUCUUGCACAAUCAACAAUCCCAUACUGGCAUAAUCAGACAUUUGAUUUUCAAAUACAUUUGGCUGGGAACCCAAUAUCUUGGUGUGCUGGGAUUUGUUUCUCUGUUCUCUACGGAUUGAUGAUUACUGUAUGGGCAAUGAAGAUGCAAAGAAAAAUGAUCACCAUUGAUAUAGAACUGUGGACCAAGAAUGCAUAUGCCUUUACAAUAUUGUCAUCAGGAUGGUUAUUGCAUAUGAUCUGGUGCCUAUCAUGUGAUCGCCCAUUGUUUUUAUAUAACUAUCUGCCUGCAUUGCCCUUUAAACAUAUGUUACAUGCAUGUGCAGUGGAAUCUAUUACAAAAGUCUGUGGGAAAGCAGUAUCCAUAUGUUACAUAUUUUUGAUGGUGAUGAUAAUUUUUACGUUUGAAGCCUUGUCGUCUGUAACUUUUGGAGUGAUCCGUCCCGAUGAUGAGACUAUCAAACUAUUUCGCUGGUGGAAUGCUUGGGAUGUUUUUCUUCAUUCGAAAUGGAGUGAAUAAUUUUUCAGCACUACCCCAGAGCUACGUAAUACAUAAAAAAUAAUACACAAAUUUUAUCGUUGGUGUUGUGUUUUCUAACUUCUUAAGUAUCAUUAUACUAUUGACACUUGUGAAUUA